CUUUUUUUUAAUUCGUCUUUCCUGUUAGUGAAGGUCAGGUCUUUCUUAAUACUGGCAGCACCAGCUGCCACCUAGUUCUAAGAGAGGGAUAUAUGAACUGAUCAAAUGCCUCAUUCCUCUUCAUAAGGACAUCAAUCGUCCUCAUCCCUUGCAUUGGCUUCCUCUGAUUCACAUUAGACAGGAAGCUCAAUCACCGAAGGAUAGGAAAAGCUGAUAAUUAAAGAAAUGGCUCUGACCACUAUAUUCUUGAUAUGUAGCAUCCUUACCCUAUGGAGCUCUCCCAUUACUGCCCAAUCCCCACCUUCUCUACUUCUCUCUCCAUCCCCCUCACCUGCCCCAGCUCCAGCUCCUCACUUUGUCAAUCUCACAGAUCUUCUCUCCCUCGCUGGCCCGUUCCAGACCUUCCUCAACCUCCUCGUCCAAACCGAUGUCAUACAAACCUUCCAAAACCAAGCCAACAACACUGAACAAGGAAUCACUAUCUUUGUCCCGAGCGAUUCUGCAUUCGCAGACAUCCAAAAGCCUUCCUUCUCAAACCUCACCAAAGACCAGCUCAAGUCCCUGGUCCUCUACCAUGCAUUCCCAAAGUACUAUUCCCUGUCUGAUUUCAAGGACCUCAGCAGCAAGAACCCUGUGAGCACAUUUGCUGGAGGGCAGUACACGCUAAACCUCACCGACACCAGCGGGCUUAUUCAGGUUGGUUCGGACUGGUCCAACCCAAAGAUCAGCAGCAGUGUCUACUCUACAGACCCUGUUGCAGUUUAUGAAGUGAACAGCGUUCUCCUUCCGAAGGCAAUUGUUACUACAGCACCAGUUCUCACACCAGCCCCAGCACCUGCGCCUGUUCUCAGCCCAAUUUUGGGUUUGGCACCUAUAGGAGAGAAGGGGAGAGGGGAAGCCCCAAAAUCAUCAGAAUCAACUAACAAUGAUUCUUCUUCGCAUGGCAUUGCUGUGAGUAGAUUCAGUUACUUCCUUGCUGUGGCAAUUGGUGCACUUCUGCUUAUGCUUUGAACUAUAGUAGAUCAGAUGCAAGUUUCAGUCUAUUUCAUGCUUAUUCUUUUGGUGGGAGUUGGCUGUGUUGAUUGAAUUGGGAGUUUGAUAUAUAUAUAUAUAUAUCGGAUAUGUUGAAGAUU